AUGCGGGGCGCCCUGCUCGUGGCCAUUACUGUUAUUAACAACAGUAGCAACAGCAGCGAGCGUGUGUUCAGCGCUCGCCUCUCAAGCCGGUCUCACGGCUGGGGAAGGAGCCGCAGGCGGGCCGGGCUGGACCCUAAGCUGGCCCUUCCCGCGGUCGCGGCGGAUCUUGUCGGUGCAAGCCCGGACGCGGCGGAACUCGAGAUCGCAAAGCGGCGCGGCUCGUCGCCUCCGAGGGGCGGCGCCGACUGGGCCAUCGCAGGACCUCGGGAGACGGGGCACCCGGGAUGCAACCCCUUCCCCAGUUUUGGGGACUCCCGAGGUUGUAGGCGCCCACGGCGGUGGUUUCCAGCCUCUCCAGCACCGCUGCGGGGGGUGGGAGCGCGAGCCUUCCCGGGGCAGAAAGUCUGGGAUCCUGAGCGCUUUGGAGCCCGGAGGUCACCCUCCGCCCCUACAAGACCCUGGACGGAAGAGGAACAGAAGCCCCGGGACAUAGGGAAGGGGGAGGUGGGGACCCCCGAGCGACAGGGCCGGGUCCUGGUGGGUGCCCCGAAGGCAGAUUCCAAAUACAGCACUUCAGUGAAGUCCCCUGGGGCUGUGUUUAAGUGCCGUGUUCAUACCAACCCUGACCGGAGAUGUACCGAACUGGACAUGGCUCGAGGGAAGAGUCGGGGCACGCCCUGUGGGAAGACCUGCCGGGAAGACCGGGAUGAUGAGUGGAUGGGGGUGAGCCUGGCACGGCAGCCCAAAGCUGAUGGCCGCGUUUUGGCCUGUGCCCAUCGCUGGAAGAACAUCUACUAUGAAACAGAUCACAUCCUGCCCCAUGGAUUCUGCUACAUCAUCCCGUCCAACCUCCAGGCCAAAGGCAGGACGCUGAUCCCUUGCUAUGAAGAGUAUAAGAAGAAGUACGGAGAGGAACACGGCUCCUGUCAGGCUGGGAUAGCAGGCUUCUUCAUGGAGGAGCUGGUAGUGAUGGGUGCCCCAGGGUCGUUUUAUUGGGCUGGGACAGUCAAAGUGCUGAACCUCACAGACAACACCUAUUUUAAACUGAAUGAUGAAGCGAUCAUGAACAGGCGGUACACCUAUCUAGGUUAUGCAGUGACUGCAGGCCACUUCUCUCACUCAUCUACUACUGAUGUGGUAGGAGGUGCCCCACAGGAUGAAGGCAUCGGCAAGGUUUAUAUUUUUAGAGCUGACCGAAGAUCAGGCACCUUAAUUAAGAUUUUUCAGGCAUCAGGUAAAAAGAUGGGCUCUUACUUCGGCUCCUCCUUAUGCGCAGUUGACCUGAACAGGGAUGGCCUCUCCGAUCUGCUGGUGGGAGCCCCCAUGUUUUCUGAGAUCAGGGAUGAGGGGCAGGUCACCGUCUACAUCAACAGAGGAAAUGGAGCCCUCGAGGAGCAGCUGGCCCUGACUGGGGACUGUGCCUAUAAUGCACACUUUGGGGAGAGCAUCGCCAGCCUGGAUGACCUUGAUGAUGAUGGGUUCCCAGACGUGGCCAUUGGUGCACCCAAGGAGGACGACUUUGCAGGUGCUGUCUAUAUAUAUCAUGGUGAUGCCAGUGGGAUAGUCCCCCAGUACUCAAUGAAACUGUCUGGACGGAAGAUAAAUCCAGUUCUGCGGAUGUUUGGUCAGUCCAUAUCGGGAGGCAUUGAUAUGGAUGGAAAUGGCUAUCCUGAUGUCACUGUUGGAGCCUUCAUGUCUGAUAGCGUGGUUCUUCUAAGAGCAAGGCCGGUCAUCACCCUGGAUGUCUCCAUCUUCCUCCCAGGCUCCAUCAACAUCACGGCGCCUCAGUGUCACGAUGGACAGCAGGCUGUGAACUGCCUGAACAUCACCGCCUGCUUUCGCUUCCAUGGCAAACACGUUCCGGGAGAGAUUGGCCUGAAUUAUGUUCUGACGGCUGACGUGGCCAAAAAGGAGAAGGGUCAACUACCCAGGGUCUACUUUGUGUUGCUGGGAGAGACCGCAGGUCAGGUCUCGGAGAAGCUGCAGCUGACCCACAUGGAGGAGAUGUGUCGUCACUAUGUGGCCCAUGUGAAGGAUGGGAUGCCAAGAAGGUCUGGAGCUGGCAUUAUUCAUGUGUCUGACCAGAGACAAGCAGGCUACUUCCUGUCCUCCUCACCAGAAGGGGAGAGCCAGUUAGCAGCCAAGUUGGGAGUGGCUGCCAACCACUUUGCCACCACCUCUUUCAGGCUACUGCCACCAG